UGAAGUAGAAGAGUGCUCACCAUGUUGAACAGGAAAUCACAGGGACCAGGCGGAACCGGAGUAGUGCGCGUGCGCAGUACGCCGCAUCAUGGGAAUUGUGCCGAAAUUUGACCUUUGACACCAACAUGGCGGCCUGGAGAAAAUCCACAUUUUUUAGUAAAUCGUGAGGACUCUUGACCUCAAAAUGGAAGAUAAAGGAAGUGGUGCUUUUCUAGUUGAGCAACAACAUUGCAAUCAGGAACAAAAUGCCGGGCUCAAACAGUCAUCACCAAGUCUGCAGAGAAAGAGAAGGAAAAGUGGCUCUCAGACCAAAGACUUGAUAUUGAACUUGACUACUGGAAAAGCAACAGUAAAUAUGCAAAAUGCACGACCAAAAGUCGCAAAAGGAAACACACUAGUAGAAAAGGAAGUUCAUGAGAAAACUGACAAGGAACAGAGUGACUGCCAUGAGCCCCUGAAGAAGAGGAAGACAGUUGGGACAUCUCUCUCACAAACCUAUGACGACAACACAGGACAUCAGGCAACUAGUGAUGGACUUUGUAGUAAAAAAGAGGCGCAAGAUGAUUCUUACUUUAGUGCUUAUGCAGAUAUCGGCAUCCAUGAGGACAUGCUGGCUGACACAGUCAGGACAAAUGCUUACAGACUUGCUAUCCUGCGGUGCUGGGAACAGAUCAGAGGGAAGGUGGUGGUGGAUGUCGGGGCAGGGACAGGGAUCCUCAGUCUGUUCUGUGUGCAGGCAGGGGCAAGGAAGGUGUAUGCUAUAGAAGCCAGUGCUCUAGCAGAGGAGACCAGGAAGGUAGUGACAGCCAAUGGGAUGGAGGGAAGAAUUGAGGUAGUGUGUGGACGAGCAGAGGAGGUGGAGCUGCCAGAGAAAGUGGACGUUAUCGUGAGCGAGUGGAUGGGAUACUCUCUCCUGUAUGAGUCCAUGCUUCCCUCUGUCAUCCAUAUACGAGACAAGUGGCUGAAAAAGGGUGGGAUGAUGUUACCUUCAGAAGCCACCAUUUACCUGGCUCCCAUAGCUGAUGUGGAAGUUGAAGACAGAUUACAGUUUUGGGAGGACAUAGGGUCAAAGUACCAUGUGGACAUGACAGCACUGAAGCCAUACGCACACAGAUGUGUCACAAGAAAGGUUCAAGUAAAGCCUGUGGAGAUGGAGGACAUCUUGGCUACUCCUGCCAAGGUCGUGACUUUUGACCUUACAACAGUAUCAGAAGAAGACCUUUCCUGUGUUCAGGGUGCAUUCAGCUUCAGCUGUUACGGCUGGUCACAGAUGCAAGGUUUUGCCACCUGGUUCGAUGUCCUCUUCCCAUCACCCAAACCCGUGUUGCUGUCAACUUCUCCAUACUCAGAAGACACCCACUGGAUGCAGUCUGUCAUGUCCUUAGACAAGCCAGUACAGGUUACACAGGAUACAAGGGUCAGUGGGGUCAUCAAAAUUACACCCAACUCCAGAAACAACAGAUUUCUUGAUAUGACCUUGAAAUACAGCAUAGAUGACAGAGAAGAGGUGGAGAGACUUUACCCCAUGGAUGACUGUAGAUAGAGAGAUUUCUACUCUUUUUUUAGUUAAAAGGAAACAACUCUUAAGUCAAGGCUAUUUUGUGCUAUAUAACAGACAUAUUGUGUAACAAAAACCUUGCUAUUUUUGUUGAUAAAAGCUUUUAUUUCACAACUUCAAUUUGCCAUGUACUGUGUCUAUUUUCAGAAUUAUCUUUAACAUGCAUGACAAUUAUCCUUUUUGAUUUACAGCCACUAUGAUAUUUUAUUAAGGUAACAGUAAAGGUAGUCCCACAGUCAUUUUAAGGCAUUGAGGUUGUUAUCAACUGUGUCUAGGGUAUGUUAUUGGCAGGCAGAGCCCAUCCCUUGCCUUCCACCACCUUUUACCUCACCAACUGAAGUCAGGUACCCAUUUUUGCACCUGGGUGGAAUGAGAAAAGUCGUAAGUGCCUUUCUCAAGUAAAUAAUCAGGAAUCAAACCCUUGAACUCUAGACCCACUUAGCCAUUCAAGCCAAAUGAUCUUAAUGUGUCUUUUGUGUUAUCUUGGGUUUGACAUAUUUAUUACCAUAAACGCAAAAGACAUCCAAAACAUUCUUCAAACAUUCAUGACUUUUGCAAUGGGAUUGGGAGCUGAUUUUUUUUUUUUUUGCAACAAAUUAUCAUGGUGUACAAUGUAUGUGGUAAAUUGGGAUGGCUUGUUGCAGUAUCAUGUACAUGUACAAUGCAGUCCUACGGACUAAGUCUGAGUAUGAGUCGUAUCAGUCAUCAUGUGACAUUGUGCAAAUAAAGAGUUUGUGUGCAACAAGAACUAUUGUAAACUAUUACGGUCAGUUGUUAUAAAAUUAUAUGUAAUGCCCAAAUGCUCUAUUGGGCAGUACUGUAUAACAUAAAUGUCUCUAAUUUCAUUUUAUGGUAGGAAGAAAAUGAAGUGUCCACUGUGGCUUUUAAGUUUACAAUU